AGUUGGAGUGGGUGGGGGUCGUCCUCUGCCCCCGGAUCUCUUCCGGGUCCGCGCGGCCGAACCGAAGGAGACAACGGUUUAGCGGCCACGGGUUCGCAUCUCAGUCUCGGCGUUUAUAUUUAUUCUUAAAGGUAACAAAAAAUUUUCGUAAACAAUUAAAUUGAUGAAUCGUUACAAUUAAACGUCGUCGUCACCGCCUUUUAUAAUUUGUUUAGUAGGGUUUUUUUGUGUUUGUUUAUCCGUAAAAUGGGUGAUGGUGGAGUUGUUUUCGUUUGUUGAGGCGCGUAGCUGUGAGGGCUUGCUGAUGGUUGACGCCUCUCGGCUAGGCCCCGCUUGAGGUUGGGGCGGGGAGGCGGGCCGACGAUCCGCGAGCGGCAUCGGCAGGCGAGACAGAGAGACGCGUCCGUACUCCCUCCCCCCGGCUCUCGGGUGAUUUGCGUUUUAGAAGUCGUAAGCGGACAAUGCCAGUCCCUCCCCCACCCCCGCCACCCCCCGCGGCUCCCCCGCCCCCCACCUUCUCGCAGGCCAACACUGACCCUCCCAGGCUAUCGCGCACGGAGCAGAGGGGCAGGGGAGCGCUGCUCUCCGAGAUUCAAAGUGGGGCGCGUCUGAAGAAGAUCGUGACAAACGACCGCAGUGCACCCCUCCUAGACAAACCCAAGGGAGGGGGCGGCGGCGGUGGUGGUGGCGGUGGUGUUGGCGGGCUAUUUUCCGGUGGCGUCCCUCAACUGCGUCCUACCACGGCACGUGACAAUGGAGAUUCCGGCAGCAGCAGCGGCGGCGGCAGCGGCGGUGGUGGUGGUGGUGCAGGGAGCCGAGGAGCGAUGCACCCCCCACCGGGCGGCCGUCCCGCCGGCAUCUCCCUGACGCCACGGCCGUUCUCCAGCGCCGGCGGCAGCGGCAGCGGCAGCGGCAGCGGCAGCAGCGGUCGAAUGCCGAGCCCUCCUGGCCGCCCCCGCUCCUCGCUGUACAGUAGCAGCGUCGGCUCCAACCUGAACGGCCCUGCGCCCGAACCGUCGGUGCCGUCGUCGUCGUCGGCCCACCAGGCGUACGGCGCCGGCAACCCCGCCGGUUACCGGAGCGGCGCCGGCCAGAGCAAGCCGCACCACGUGGCCCCGCCGCCGCCGCCGCCGCACGGCACCAAGGCCGCGUCCCCCGGCGCCCGUCGUCCCUCCUACCCGGCGUCCCCGGCGACGCCCAGGCCCGCCUCGUCACUCCACUCGUCGUACGCGGGCGCGGGAGGGCAGUACGGCAGCGGCAGCGGCGGUAGCAACAACAACAACAGCCAGCAGCAGCAGCAGCAGCAGCGUCAGAGCAGUCAGCCGCCCCCCAUGCAAGGCAGGGACAGACCGCCGCCCCCGCACAGGACAUCGAUGAGGAGGGACGCUCCCCCACCGUACCGGGAGCCUUUGACGCCGUCGGCCCACUCGUACGGAAAGGGGGGCCCCCCCGCGCCACCCCCCCACUACUCGAGCAGGAAUGGCGCUCCGCCUCCGCCCGCUCACCGGGGAGAGUCCGGCCGGGGCAUGGCGCCCCCGCCCCCGCCCAGCCGGCACUCCGUGUCGGACGGCCCGGCGCUGCCGCAGAGGCAGAACUCGCUGUACCACCCCUCGGGCGGCGGUGGCACACCGAGAUCGGCGGCGCCCCCUCCUCCGCCCGUGGGCAGCAGCAACAGCCGGCCACCCCCUCCCAGCCGGGAACCUCCACACCGGUCGGGCCCGCCGCCCCCACCUCCGCCGUCGAGGAACGGCGGCGGCGUUACGUUGAGGGGGCCGCCGCCGCCGCCGCCGCCCCAGCCUACUUCCGGCCGCUCCCCCUUCACCUCCGAGGCUCCCCCCGGGAGGAGCCGCGGGGGCCCACCGCCGCCCCCUCCAUCCAGCCGCCCCACCGGCUUCGGUCCCGCCCCUCCUCCCCCUCCGCACGUCCGGAACGGCCCCAGGGACCCGUUCACCGGCGGCCUCGUUUCGCCCAUGGGAGACGACUUUGAGUCACGCUUCUCUUUCCACCCGGUGGAGCACUUCCCACCCCCGGAGCAGUUCCACAACUUCCCCAAGACCUACCCGAGCCACAGCAACCGACCGAAUGAUUCCAUUCCGAUGCGGCGAGGGGCGCCCCCACCCAUCCCGCCGCUGCGGUGAUUUCAGGUCCUGUCCGUCCAAAGCCACGUGGACGGUGGUUUGGGGCGGGGGGGGGGUGGUUGGUGCCCUUCAUCAAUGCAGGAAACUCCUCCGGUCGACCGCAGGAAGCUACAAAAAAAAUCUGCUGCACGAAUAGUUAUUUUUAUAGGUGUCUUCAGUUAUUUUCUCUCACCGUCGAUUGUAUAUUUUUUUAAAUGUACAAACAGCGCUGUGCGUCUCUCCUGCGUGUAAUUACGGCGAGGGGGGGGGCGAAAGGGGGUGUCUGUGGUCCGUGUGGAUAGGCACGGGUUGCGCGCGCGAUGAGUCGGUAACUCCCCUCUCUUUUCCUCUCCCUGCCGGGGGGGGGCCUUUUCAGAGGCUCUGGCAUUCGCGUAUCAAGAGUGUUCGUGUUUUGUACCCCUUUGCUCGUUGAGUCGCCGGUAAUUUAAGCUUUGUGCGAACCGCGUUUGGGUUCUGGUCGAGGUGCGGGGAGAGAGACUGGGCGCCGCUCUGCCGCCGGCAACUGGUGAGAGGUUGGCGCCAAUCCACUUGGAGGGAUUUUUGUGAAAGAGGCAAGAGGGGUAAGGGCACGUACGGUGGACGUAGUCAUUCGGGGGCCACUCGACAAUUCGAUGGUUUUGUCGAUAUUCGUGGCGACGAUUGCAAAUCCGCGUCAUCGUCGUUGGUGCUGUAUAUUUGUAGUCCUCGCGGCGCGUGUCGAGUCUGCAGCGGGCAUGGGUCGAUACGAUCUCCAAAGGUUUUAAGGUUGUGAACGCGUGCGAAUUGUGAAUAAUUAUUGUGCGCAAAAUGUGAUGCACGUAUCGUGAUUGUGAGGAUCGAUUUUUGCUUGUUUUAUAAAUUAAACGUGUUUGUAGUUCGGAAACAAUAGUUGAUGAAUGGAAGCAUAUUCUGUGGAUUGCAAGAUGCUCCUCACAAAGUCAAAUGUCUAUAAAGUUCCGCAGCUUGGGUCUCACACACACACACAUACCUAGCAGAUGAUAAGACACAUCCCCAACCUUUUGCUCUCAGAUAUA